AUGAAGAUCAUCUCUAAUUUACUUAAAGAUGCAAAGGAUGAGUGGCUUCUUAAAACGACUGUAUCCUUAAACGAGGUUAAUCCUAUAGUCGAUAGAUUAAUGGAGGAUGAAUCUGUAGAAGGUGUCGUGAUGACAAAUAAAGAAGGCUCUCCAAUACUUACGAAUAUCAACAUGAUGGGUGCAACUAACUACGGAACUGCUAUGCAAAAUCUUGGACAUAUGGCGCAAGCCAGCGUAAAGGAAAUUGAUCCAUUCGACGAAGUGUUAGUAAUAAGACUACAUACGAACAAACUUGAAGUGAUGACUGCACAUCAUUCCGAAUUUAACAUCAUUGUAUUACAACACUCUAGAGUUAAGAAUCUGAAGAAA